AAGCCUUUGUGUAGUGUUUGUUAAUAAUUCGGUCGAUGAUCAAUAAUAUCAACAGUACUGGAGGAGGGCCAUGCACGGCCCCCAUGCAAGGUGGUGGUAGCGGGAACGGUACCGGCAACCCUCCGGCGUUGCGGAAGGUAAUGGUGGUGGCAGAGCCAAACCGUGAGUCUGUAGUUGCAUUGCAAUAUGCUCUUUCACAUGUAUUGUUUGAGCAAGAUGAAUUGAUUCUUCUUCACGUUGAGAAUCAAAACCCAUCAUGGAAAUACACAUUCUCUACGUUUCUUAAAAGGCCUAGUGUAGGCUCAUCAUCCUCAUCAUCUUCUUCAUCCUCAAACAUGGGAUCCUCGGAAGGAGGUGGAUCAUGUGGAGCUGUGCCUGUGGAUGUGGAUUUUCUUGAAGAAAUGAAGAGUGCAUGUAAGGUUGCUCAUCCUAAAGUUAGAGUCCGUGUAGAGAGGGUGGAAAUGGAAGGCAAGGACAAGGCAAAUACUAUUCUUUUCCAAAGCCACCAACUUGGGAUCGAUGUCAUAGUUAUAGGGCAGCGCCGGAGUCUUUCAACAGCAAUAUUAGGACAUAAGCGGCCUCUUAGAGGAACAAAAGUGGUAGACACGGCAGAGUACCUGAUCGAGAAUAGCAAGUGCACCUGUGUUGCAGUGCAGAAAAAGGGCCAAAAUGCAGGCUUUCUUCUCAAUACAAAAACCCACAGGAAUUUCUGGCUCCUGGCGUAAGCACUCAAAUCUAUUCAAGAGUCGCUCGCACUUCUUCAAGUUCUCUGUAUGGCAGA